AUGUUUCUGACUGUUUCAAGUAAUUUUCUUUUGUAUCAAAUUUUUUUUUCUCAUUACUUUUUUUUAUUAUUUCUUCUCUGCAAAAAUUUACUAGUUUCUUCUUUUGCCUUUCAUUUCAAUUGUCUUUUGCUAUCUGUGAACCUUAUGCUUUUCUUUAUUUUUUCUUCUCUGCCUCUUUCUUCAAAAGUUUUAUUUUUAAAUAACUUUUUGUGUAAUUCUCUUUUCUUCAUUUUUUCCUUUUUUUUCUUCCUUUUUUUUUUUCUUCCUUUUUUUUUUUUUCACCUUUUUCUUUUUUUCUCACCUUUUUCUUUUUCUUUUCUCUUUUUUUUUCUUUUUUUUUCUCUUUCCUUUCUCUUUUUUCCUUUCUCUUUUCCUUUCUCUUUCCUUUUUUUUUUCCUUUUUUCCUUUCUCUUUUUUUCUUUUUUUCCUUUCCUUUUUUUUUCUUUCUCUUUUUUCCUUUCUCUUUUUUCCUUUCUCUUUUUCCUUUCUCUUUUUCCUUUCUCUUUUUCCUUUCUCUUUUUCCUUUCUCUUUUUCCUUUCUCUUUUUUCCUUUUUUUCCUUUCUCUUUUUUCUUUUCUCUUUUUCCUUUCUCUUUUUUCUUUUCUCUUUUUCCUUUCUCUUUUUUUCCUUUUCCCUUUUUCCUUUCUCUUUUUUCUUUUCUCUUUUUCCUUUCUCUUUUUUUCCUUUCUCUUUUUUCCUUUCUCUUUUUUUCCUUUCUCUUUUUCCUUUUCUUUUUUCCUUUCUCUUUUUUUCCUUUCUUUUUUUUCCUUUCUCUUUUUUCCCUUUCUUUUUCCUUUCUUUUUUUUCCUUUCUUUUUUCCUUUCUCUUUUUUUCCUUUCUUUUUUUUUCCUUUCCUUUCUUUUUUCCUUUCUCUUUUUCCUUUUUCUUUUUCCUUUCUCUUUUUUCCUUUCUCUUUUUUCCUUUCUCUUUUUUUCCUUUCUUUUUUUUCCUUUCUCUUUUUUCCUUUCUUUUUUUUCCUUUCUCUUUCUUUUUCCUUUUUCUUUCUUUUCCUUUCUCUUUUUUCCUUUCUCUUUUUUUCCUUUUCUCUUUUUCCUUUCUCUUUUUUUCCUUUCUUUUUUUUUCCUUUUUCUUUUUCCUUUCUCUUUUUUCCUUUCUCUUUUUUUUCCUUUUCCUUUUUUUUUCCUUUCUCUUUUUCCUUUCUCUUUUUUCCUUUCUCUUUUUCCUUUCUCUUUUUCCUUUUUUUUUUCCUUUCUCUUUUUUCCUUUCUCUUUUUCCUUUUCUUUUUCCUUUCUCUUUUUCCUUUCUCUCUUUUUUUUUUUCUUUUUCCUUUCUCUUUUUUCCUUUCUCUUUUUUCUUUUCCCUUUUUUCCUUUCUCUUUUUUCCUUUCUCUUUUUUCCUUUCUCUUUUUUCUUUUCUCUUUUUCCUUUCUCUUUUUUCUUUUCUCUUUUUCCUUUCUCUUUUUUCCUUUCUCUUUUUUCCUUUCUCUUUUUUCCUUUCUCUUUUUUCCUUUCUCUUUUUUCCUUUCUCUUUUUUCCUUUCUCUUUUUUCCUUUCUCUUUUUUCCUUUGAUGCAAAAAAGGCUGACCAUUCUGGAACCCAAGGUAGAGUGAGACUACCAUGGGAGCCACAGACGACCAGAUGGCAGAACCAGGAACUAUCACAGCCAUUUCAGUGCUUCAGGUCUUUGAAUCUGGAGCAAGAGAAUAGGGAAAAAGAGAAAGACAAAAACAACUACUCAGGUUUUACUGGGGAGAAUGAUGGAAAUGUACAAACAAUUGACACGUGUCAGGCAAUGUUCUUGCCAAUUGCUGCAUCUGUUUCUCUCUUGGUUAUGUUUCUCUUCUUUGAUUCUCUUCAAAUGGUUUUUGCAAUCUGCACAGCCAUAUUGGCUACAGUUGCAUUUGCAUUUUUGUUAUUACCAAUGUGUCAGUACAUGAUCCGGCCAUGUUCCAGUGGACAGAAGAUUUCUUUUGGCAUUUGUGGUCGCUUCACAGCAGCAGAGAUUAUGUCUUUUUGUCUGUCAUUUCUCAUUGUGUGUAUAUGGGUACUCACAGGUCACUGGCUUCUCAUGGAUGCUCUUGGCAUGGGUUUGUGCGUGGCUUUCAUUGCUUUAGUCAGACUUCCAAGCUUGAAGGUCUCCACACUCCUUCUUGUUGGUCUUUUAAUUUAUGAUGUAUUUUGGGUAUUUUUCUCAUCAUAUAUAUUUAGUACGAAUGUGAUGGUGAAAGUCGCAACCAGACCUGCAGAGAACCCAGUUGGUCUCUUUGCUAAGAAACUUCAUUUAAGUGGUCUCGUACGAGAUGCUCCAAAGUUGUCACUUCCUGGAAAGUUAGUCUUUCCAAGUAUGCAGAAUAGCAGUCAUUUCUCCAUGCUGGGACUCGGAGAUAUUGUGAUGCCGGGCCUGCUACUCUGCUUUGUGCUAAGGUACGACGCCUACAAGAAGUCCCAGCUUAACAGCAUUGAGGCAGGAAUUCCUCAACCAAUCAACACCAUUCAGAAGAUCACAUAUUUUCAUUGUUCUUUAAUAGGAUAUUUUUUAGGUCUGUUGACUGCCACCGUUUCCUCAGAAGUUUUUAAAGCUGCUCAACCAGCGCUUCUUUAUUUGGUUCCUUUUACGUUGCUUCCUCUGCUCACUAUGGCUUAUCUUAAGGGUGAUUUACGUCGCAUGUGGAAUGAGCCUUUUAUAAACAGCCAGCCUGCUAAACUGGAGGUGUAA